AUGUUUAUCUAUGAGAUGGUGGACGAUCACCACCUGGUGGUGUUCAUCAUUCAUCAUUUGUUUUUCGACGACCAGGGUGACAUUAUCAUCGAUAUCCUGGAAGCUGACAGUGCAGAUGUCGAAUAUCAUGAGGAGUCUUCCAGCCAGACACCUGACUCACCGAUUGAUGGUGACGAGGGGGCACUGAUUGAGGAUGAUGAAGUGGCAUCCAUUGCACAUGACAAGCCAUUGUCGGUUGAGCAUGAUGAGGAAGGGUCUAUGUUUGAGUCAGUCGGCUUUCAAUGGUGGAAGGACUCGGAGUCCGAGGAUAGUGUUGAGGUUGAAGAUGAACGUCUGAGAACUGCUGAUGAUGCUCCACUGUCCAUGAACAUGAAUGCCUUCAUCCUGGGACCAGCGAGUUGCUGCCUCAAGACAUUUAGCGAGCCUUGGGACUCAUAUGGGUUCAAUUUGGGCAAUGAAGCGCAGAAUGACAUCAUCCAUGAUGAUCACUAUGAUGAGGACCAUUCAGAGGAGCCAGCAGAGGGUGCGAAGGGCAAGGGCAAGGAGAGGGGUUCAACACUCUGGAGAUGUACUGGGUAUCUCUUGGAUAUGUGA